AUGAAGCUUGGCAUAGAAGCCAAACUGGACGAUAAGGAGUUGGCGCUAGUGCAAUCCAUUUCUGGAGCAGCGCAGCAGUACAACGACCUUCUUCCAGCCGAUUCUCCGCAAAGGAUCCGAGUUGGGGACGUUGUUGCAAAGGUUGAUGGCCAGAGUGGAAAGCAAAUCAUGGAUGCGCUCUCUCGCACGAGCGAAAAGCUCGUCGAUAUCGAAAUGCGCCGAUCUGGUUUGCCAAAUUUUUUGAUGUGGCUUCGGAGCAGCUCAAGGCCCGGAGCUAUUGAAACAAUAUUGACUGCACCCGGCUUCAAACGCUGGUCGAAGUUGACAUCUCAACUGGGUACACUAGGUUUCAGUUGCUGGCUGCUAUCGGGCUAUGGCGCUGCAUCUUUACCUUUGUGGUAUUUUGGCUUCUCUGCCACGGUGGCGUACAAGCUCGUCAGGUGUUGCCACGAUGAACAUGUAUCACCAGGUGUGCCUCAUUGCUUCCGGCCUGUUGACCAGGACCUGGCUCAGGUUGUGGAACAGGCCUGGGUCUCAAGCUCUGCUUUCGCCUUGAAGACAGUGGAUCAGUGGAGGUCCUUUGGCCAAGAAGUUUUAUUUGCGUCAUCUGGGCAGAAGAAGAAGAAGGAGAAAAAGAAGAAGGAGAAGGGCAGCUAA